AUUUCAUCGCCAGGAAUGAGAUUUUGUAAAAUUAAUAUCUAGGACGCAAUUCUAUAGGGACGCCGAUGUUUGGGCAGGGCCUUAACAUCAGUCUAAACCUCAUUCCGCGUUUAUCUCAAAACUAUAUAUUUAUAGAAUUGCGUAACAGAGAUCACACGAAGUCAAAAUAUAUUACGGCGUUUUCUUAAAAUAAGUCAGCAACUAAUUCAUAAGUUUAAUAUUCUAUUAUUGAACUUAUAUUAGUAAAAUGAGUAUAUUACUAAAGACUUGCCAUUUAAUCACCAGCACUGAUUAUUCCCUUAUGGUACAAAGUAAGGUAAGGAAAUAUAUGAUUACGGUAAAUCAUAGAUGGUGAUGACCCGCGAUCCACAAUCCAAUUUAUCACUACGGUAAGACAAAGUCGUCUUCGUGAAAUCUCUGCUGGGAACUCUGAGUUCAAUCAUGAACCGCGAUAAACAUAACUCGAGAAAAGAAAAUCCAGACGACCACCGCCCACCAAAAAGACUUAAACAAGGUAUUGGUAUUUCAAUAGAUGUUCAGUUAUGAGUUCAAAUAUAUAUUUAAUAAUCUCAAACAUUUUCUCAUAUGGCUGUUGUCAGAUUCACAAAUAGAUUUGCCAAAUAAGCGACUCACACCAGCUUCAGUGGUUACUGUCCAGACACAGCAACCAGUCCACAACACCAAUCUUCUGGCUGACGUUACUAAUACCAAUGACCUACUUCAAAGAAAUGCUAGAACGCAAAGGCUUAGCGUUUUACGGCAGAAAAGAAAAGUUUCUGCUAUAGACAAUAUUCGAACCACUCCUACCAAACGUACAACACAGAAAUCUUCAAAUACAGUUCUUUCAGAUGGACAACUGAUCAGCGCGAAUAAUGAGACUCAGAGUAUGUACCCUAAUAAUGUGUAGUUGAUUGUUUUCCUUUUGCUAACAUUCACUCAAAAAAUAAUCCAUCUCUCUUUUGAUAUUCAAAGAUAGCGACAUUUCCACAGUACAACUAACUGGAAAUCACACGGAGAUCAGGAUAAAUGCCAUUCAAGAAACAACUCAGACGACAAUGAAAUGCUCACGGUCUCAACGGGGUUCUGUGAAAAAUCCAGUGGGUAGGCCGCGUCUCCCUUUGAUCAAACCGUAUCUAGCCGGCUCUGGCGGCAACUCAGUUCUUCAAGAGGGUAGUGGUUCUAAAUCAUUACCCACAUUGAAACGGAGUUCUAAAGAUCCUCCCAUUGUUCAUAUCAGUCAGAAAGUUGCCGUUGGAAAACUUGAUGCAUCAGGUUAGCUAUAUGUCCUAUAUAAAAUUAAUGAGGUUGAUCAACACUAUCCACUUUCAGAUAUGUGAAUAACCCCAAAAUUCUAAAGUGUUUGGACACUAUUAUUACUUUUUUCUAGGUUCCAAACAUGGACUACCUUCGGAUGUACAAAAUAAGGAAUUUAUGACUCCUUAUAGCUCAUUCCAAAACUCAACUAUUUGCUCCUCGGGUGUUACUCAGUGUAGUCUUGCUAAGACAGUACACAGAUAUAACCAUUCUCCGGUAGACACCACCAACAUAUUUUGUACUCAAAACCGUUCUACCGGCAAAUCUAUAAUUUCGUCACUUGACUCUGAUUCAUCAGGUUUGAAGAAUCUCCUUUUAACAUCAGUUUUCUCCUAUAAAAAAAAAUUGUCUACGAUUGUAAUGAUUAGAUUUAUUUCAAAGGUUUAAAAGGCUUUCUACGUUAUUUGAUCGUGCAAGUAUUUAUGUGGAAUGUUACUAUGUAUUUUCAGAUUACGAAGAUUGUUGGGAUUGCUCAAGCAACGAAGAUAAUGCUGAUUGGGGAAUCUCAGAUACCGACUCCGAAGAUGAAUAUGUGCUUGAAAUUAAACGUCAUGCAUACACCAAAAAAGUUGCGAGUUGUUUUGCACAAUUAUUUGGUGAUCUACCUGAGGUUUUACAUUCCUCUUUUACAUCUCCUGUUGAAUCGGCACCAAUAGAAGAGGGUACAUAAUUAAUCACAGUUAUUUAUUUUUAUUUUUUUUAGUUUCUUAUAACUUUAGUGGAAUGAAAGACUAACUAUCAUUUUUUCUGGAUCAGAAUACAAUGAUGAUGGAGAACUUGAAAAUGAAUGUCCUAGAUGUGGUGCAUUGUUCUGGUAUAACGAGCGUAUUGGUCGAAGCAGGAAAACAAAAACACCAAUUUUCACUAUGUGCUGUCUUAGAGGGAAAAUAAAACUUCCUGUUCUAAAAGAACCUCCGGCUUAUCUACAUGGUCUUCUAACGAAUGACGAUGGCCUUAGUAGGCAUUUUCGGGAUAAUAUUCGCGCUAUCAACAUGAUGUUCUCUUUUACAUCACUUGGGGGAAAGAUUGAUAAUUCAAUUAACACAGGUCAAGGUCCUAAAAUAUUUAAACUACAUGGUGAGAAUUAUCAUCUUAUAGGAAGUGUGAAGCCCAAUCCUAAUGAAGCGGCUAAGUUUUCACAGUUGUAUAUUCAUGAUACCCAAAACGAAGUUCAAAACAGGAUAUCAGCAUUGAGGUAUAAUUCCUUUAUCUUCAUUACAUAAAAUUAAGAAAUAAAUUGUCUAUAACCUUUUUAAUUAUCUGAAUUCGAGCUUAACGUUUAUUUUUUCCGGUUUGAUAGUGGGAGUGCGGAUAAAAGUAAACUCCGAGCUGAUUUGGUGGAGUCAAUAAUGCAGAUGUUGAGGGAUUCAAAUGUUCAUGUGCAGACUUUCCGAAAUGCAAUGGAUAGAUUUAACGAUGAAUCCGAGUGCGAAGACGUCAAGCUGGUUUUGAUUCACAACCGACAAAAAGAUGGACGAGUUUACAAUCUCCCUACUUCAUCUGAGGUUGCAGCUUUGGUGCCCGGUGAUUUCCAACUACAUAUGGACAAAAGGGAUAUUAUUUUGGAGAAGUAUUCUGGUAAGCUAAAACGGAUCAACGAGUUGCAUCCGUGUUAUCUACCACUACAAUAUCCACUUAUCUUCCCUUACGGAGAGGAUGGGUUUCGUCUUGGCAUCCAGAACGGUUUCACAGGAUUCAACAAAAACAAGAAGCCAAAUAUUAGCAUGAGAGAGUUCUUUGCUUACCGCAUUCAAGUCCGUAGUGUGGGUUCUCAAGUUCUUCUCUUUUCAAGGAGGUUACUACAACAGUUUUUGGUGGAUGCUUAUACGAUGAUUGAGUCGCACCGACUUCGGUAUAUACGGAAGAACCAGGGUAAUCUGAGAUCUUUGAAUUAUAGUAAGUUUGUGGCUGCUGCAAGUGAUGGGUUUUCUUCCUUGCCCAUUGAAGGAAACCGUAUUAUUAUACCAUCUUCUUUCACUGGUGGACCAAGGUACAUGCAUCAAAUGUAUUUGGAUGCAAUGACUAUUUGCAAAUACUAUGGAUUUCCCGAUCUGUUUAUUACAUUUACAUGUAAUCCUAAGUGGCCUGAGUUGACAAGAUAUUUUCAGAAAUAUAAUCUCAGAGCAGAGGAUAGACCAGAUUUGUGUUGUAGACUAUUUAAAGUUAAACUUGAUACUUUGAUGGAUGAUUUAACCAAGAAACAUUUGCUUGGGAGAACCGUGUCUGGUAAGGAAAUAUUUUGACGUUUUACAAUACCUUUUUAACGAUUACAUAUAUAUUUAUAUAUUGGUAGAUCUAAACGAAUUCUUUAUUGGUUUAUUGUAGCAGUUUAUACUAUAGAGUUUCAGAAAAGAGGACUUCCACAUGCCCAUAUUCUGUUGUUCAUGGACUCUAGAGACAAAUUUCCAACAGCAGAAGAUAUUGAUCGCAUUAUUUCAGCUGAGAUUCCUGAUAAGGAAAUGGAGCCUCGAUUGCAUGAUAUUGUCAAAGACACAAUGAUUCAUGGUCCAUGUGGAGUGGUUAAUAAAAGUUCUCCUUGCAUGAAUGAUGGGAAGUGUACUAAAUUUUUCCCCAGAAAGAAUGUGGAGAAAACAACGGUUGACUCUCAAGGUUAUCCCAUUUACCGGAGAAGGGAAGAUGGUCGUUUUGUAGAGAAGAAAGGAAUUCAGCUGGAUAACGGAUAUGUGGUUCCUUAUAACAAGAAUCUCAUGCUUCGUUACAAUGCUCAUAUCAAUGUUGAGUGGUGUAAUCAGUCUCGAUCGAUUAAAUACUUAUUUAAGUAUAUCAACAAAGGAUCUGAUUGUGUGACAGCAGCAGUUACUCAGAAGGCUAGCAAGAAUUCAACUGGAGCUGAAGCUUAUGAUAAUACUGUGAAUCGCGAGGAAGGUACAAACGGUGCUGGACUAGGAGUGGGAAUGGACAAUGCUGGAGAAGGAGUUCGUAUGGACACUGCUGGAGAAGAAACAGAACCACUGGUAGAUGAAAUUAAAAAGUAUUUCGAUGCUAGGUAUGUCUGAUAAUAUUUUAUUUUAAAACCUGUGUUCUAUUGGACAUAUUAACUAAUAUAUUAUCAUAAAUUUAUCUACUUUUUUAGAUACAUUUCUGCUUGUGAGUCAACUUGGAGAAUUUUAGCUUUUCCGACGCAUUAUCGAGCUACACCUGUUGAGAAGCUAACAUUCCAUUUAGAAGGUGAUCAACCCGUAGUCUACAAGGAAGGUGAUACAGUGGAAUCAGUUAUGGCUCGUGUGAAUGUACAGAAGACAAUGUUCCUAGCUUGGUUCGACUGUUGUGAAAAAUACCCUGAAGCUAGGUUACUGACUUAUGCAGAGAUGCCCACUAGGUUCAUAUAUGAUUCCAAGGCAAAAGUCUGGAAUAGACGGAAAAAAGGUUUUGCAAUUGGGAGGUUGCAACAUGUAUCUCCAAGUUCUGGACAACUUUAUUAUUUGAGAGUAUUGCUAAAUAAGAUAAAAGGUCCACGAUCCUAUGAAGAGAUAAAGACAGUAGAUGGAGUUGUUCAAGCGAGUUUUGAGGAUGCAUGUUAUAAGCUAGGUUUGUUAGAUGACGACAAGGAGUACAUUGAAGGUCUUAAAGAAUGUGCUUUUUGGGCCUCAGGUCAGUAUGUACGCAAUCUGUUUGCACAAAUGUUGGUAAACGAAAGCUUAUCCUCUCCAAAAUUGGUAUGGGAAGCAACCAAAGACUUACUUUCCGAAGACAUUCUCUACCUUGAGCGACGAAGGCGUCGAAAUCCAAGUGAGUUUUUUACUAUGAUUCUAUUAAAAUGAUGAUCUCUAUCUUCCUAACUUUAUUGCGCAAUCAGAAAACUUACUAUAUAAAUACACGAAAUCUUUGUAGGUUUGGUGCUGACUGAAGAACAAAUCCUCAAUUGUACGCUACUUUUGAUUGAUAAGGUUUUGCGCAGUAAGAAUAGUCGUUUGGCUAACUGGGAGACGAUGCCAAAGCCUAUAGAUAACGAGGUAUCAAAUACAGAGAAUCAGCUAUUGCAGGAUGAGCUUAACUAUCCUCUUGAUGAAUUGCGUGUACAACACCAAAACUGGUUCGCACAAUUGACAGAUGAGCAGAGGGGUGUCUACAACGAGAUUAUGGAGUCUGUCAAUUCAUCAUCAGGCGGUGUGUUUUUCGUCUAUGGCUUUGGUGGCACAGGGAAAACUUUUUUGUGGAAUAUUUUAUCUGCUGCUGUACGCUCGAGAGGUGAUGUGGUUCUUAAUGUUGCUUCAAGUGGAAUAGCUGCAUUGUUGCUGCCUGGUGGAAGAACUGCACAUUCAAGGUUCAGCAUCCCUAUUAAUCCGGACCAAUUUUCAACUUGCAAGAUACAACCGGGUAGUCACCAGGCAGAAUUGAUAUCUAAGGCAUCUCUUAUUAUAUGGGACGAAGCACCGAUGAUGAGCAAGCAUUGCUUUGAGUCUCUUGAUCGUAGUCUUAACGACAUUAUGAAGACUACAGACGACAGGCCUUUUGGUGGGAAAGUUGUCGUUUUCGGAGGUGAUUUUAGACAGAUCCUACCCGUAAUUCCCAAGGGAAAUCGUGCUGAUAUAGUUAUGGCUUCUCUUAAUUCAUCUUAUUUGUGGAAGCAUUGCAAAGUCUUGCAGCUAACCAAAAAUAUGCGGCUUUUUUCUGAGCCUGAUUGCCGUGAAGCUGAGGAAAUUAAGGAGUUUUCAAAAUGGAUAUUGGAUUUAGGAGAUGGAAAGAUUAAUGAGCCGAACAGUGGAGAAACUAUGAUCGACAUUCCUAAGGAUCUGCUGAUUGAUCAGUGCACUGAUCCUAUCCAGUCUAUAGUUUCAGAGGUUUAUGAAUCUACUUUCAAAGAUUCGAAUGACCCCAUUUUUUUCCAGGAGAGAGCUAUUUUAUGUCCAACCAAUGAAGACGUUGAUGUCGUAAACAACUACAUGCUUGACCAUUUAAAAGGGGAGGAAAGAAUAUAUUUGAGCUCUGAUAGUAUUGACCCAGCUGAUUCAAACUCAAGAGAUGACUCUGUUUUCACUCCUGAAUUUCUGAAUAGUAUAAAAACGUCAGGCUUGCCUAAUCAUGCUCUCAGGCUAAGGAUUGGUACACCCGUGAUGUUGCUUAGGAAUAUGGAUACUACAGAAGGUUUGUGCAAUGGGACCAGGUUGCAGAUAAUGCAAUUGGGUAAUCACAUUAUUCAAGCUAAGGUAAUCACCGGGACUAGAGUUGGUGAGAAGGUCUGGUUACAUCGUCUCCUGAUAUCACCGUCUGAUUCUAAGCUGCCUUUCAAGAUGAGGCGUAGGCAAUUUCCAUUGAAAGUUGCAUUUGCAAUGACAAUAAAUAAAAGCCAAGGUCAAACAUUAGCGAAGGUUGGUUUGUUUCUACCUAGACCAGUAUUUUCUCAUGGACAAUUGUAUGUUGCUGUGUCUCGGGUGAAGUCAAGAAAGGGAUUAAAGAUUCUUAUCACUGAUAAGGAUGGGAAACCUCAAUAUUCGACUAUGAAUGUCGUGUACAAGGAGGUUUUUCAGAAUAUAAAUCAAGUCUCUGAAUUUUAGGUAUCUAAUUCUUCAACCUCAUAU